AUGGCUUCUUUGCCGAAAAGAGAGGAUGUAAAUUUGAUGCUUGAAGCAGACAAACCCCAUUUUUUCAAGAUAAUUCUUCAAGAUUCCAUUCGUGGUGGGAAGCUUAUGAUUGGAUCAAUUCCCAAUAUUACAAUAAAUCUUGAGAAAAGAUAUUAUUCCAUAGAUGCCUUAAGAGCACUUGAUUUUGCAGCUACAGAGGGAAAUGAGGAACAAAGAUUAGAUGGGGUUAUGGUGAGAAAACAAUCAUUGACAGCUGAAGAAAAGGCGAAUUCACUUCAGAGAGCAAAUAUAAAUUUUAAAUCAGAAAAUCCUUUCUUCAUUAUUGCAAUGCAGCCAUCAUAUGUUCAUCCUGGAAAGAAACUGGCUAUACCAAAUGCCUUUAGCAGGAAAUAUUUCAAACAGAAGCGUGGUGCGGCUGCCCUGAGUACUUUUGAGGGUAAAACUUGGUCUGCGGAGUUCUACUACAUAGUGCACAAGGGAAGAACAUCAGCUAAACUGCUUAAUGGUUGGAAGAAAUUUGCACAAGAAAAUCACUUGGAAGUUGGUGAUGUUUGUGCCUUUGAACUCAUUAAUCAAACCAAAAUUACAUUCAAAAUUACUAUUUUUAGACAUGAUCAAGGAAACAAGAAGCAACCGGUCGGUGAAAAAAGUAAUAGCAGGGAGAAGUUUAUCCAAGAGUACCCUUCAUGUUCAAAUCUUUGUGUUGCUAUUAAAGCUGCUAAAGAGUUCACAUCAAUUCAUCCAUUCUUCAAAGCUGUAAUUACAGCAAGCCAUCUAGGACGGGCCAAUGUGCAUGUACCGCACGAUUUCUUAAGCGAGAUGCAACAAAGCAAAGAGAAAGCAAAAUUGCAGGUGGGAAAUAGACGGUGGGAUGUGAAGUUGAAUCUCUAUGCAAAUAAAAUGAAACACAGAGGCGUGUUAUCUGCUGGAUGGUGUCAAUUUGCGAGAGAGAAUUCUGUGCAAGUGGGAGAUGUUUGUGUGUUUGAGCUGAUUGACAAUCAAGCUGUGGUUAUGAAGGUCUCCAUUUUUAGGAAUGUCCAGUAA